UUCUGAUACCCCAAGCCAGUUAUGUCUGCUUCAGCAGCAGAGCCGGAAAGGGGGCAGUGUCGAGAUGGAGCUCUGGGCCAAAUCGAAGACAUUGAAAAGCUACCACAGGAUUCUCCUUCGGCUGAAAGAAAGGAGCCAACAUCGAUAUUUAGGGGCCUGGGUAUUCUAGACAGAUAUUUGGCCCUAUGGAUCUUUCUAGCGAUGACAAUCGGGAUAAUACUCGGAAAUUUUGUUAAUAACAUAGGACGUUCUUUACAGAAGGGUGCCCUUGUGGGGGUUUCGCUACCAAUUGCCAUCGGAUUGCUCGUCAUGAUGUACCCAAUUCUGUGUAAAGUGCGCUUCGAGUCUUUGCAUCAAGUGUUCAGAACUCGUGAGAUAUGGAUUCAAAUGGCUUUUAGCAUAUUCAUAAACUGGAUAAUUGCUCCAUUCCUGAUGCUGGCGCUUGCGUGGGCGUUUCUACCAGAUAAACCGGAAUUGCGAGAGGGGUUGAUUCUGGUUGGUCUAGCAAGGUGCAUUGCCAUGGUUCUCAUUUGGACGGGCCUUGCAGGAGGGGACAAUGAAUAUUGUGCGAUAUUAGUCGCUAUCAACUCGUUACUGCAGAUGGUACUUUUUGCUCCCCUUGCGCUAUUAUUUAUCAAAAUAAUUAGCCAUUCAGAGGGCACAAUCCUGCUGUCCUAUUCAGUCGUCGCAAAGAGCGUUGCUGUGUUCUUAGGAAUACCUCUUGGUGCUGCCAUAGUCACCCGAUUUACACUGCGGAACGCUGCGGGGCCUGUCUGGUACGACAAUACAUUCAUCAAGUGGCUUAGUCCUUGGUCCUUGAUUGGGCUGCUGUUCAUCAUUCUGGCACUUUUCGCGUCCCAGGGAAAGCAGGUUGUUGAUCAAAUUGUAUCCGUGGUUCGAGUUGCUGCACCUCUUCUGGUAUAUUUCAUCAUUGUUUUCUUCAGCACGUUAUACAUCACUUAUCGGCUGGGCUUUGGAUACCAAUUGUCAACCACACAGAGUUUUACCGCGGCGAGUAAUAACUUUGAACUUGCUAUCGCGGUUGCGAUCGCGACGUUUGGUGCUGAUAGUAGCCAAGCGCUGGCAUCCACUGUUGGUCCGUUAAUAGAAGUCCCUGUGCUGCUAGGUCUGGUCUAUUUUGCGCGAUUUGUCGCCAAAAGGGUAAGUUGGAAACCCUAG